AUGUCAAAUAUUGAAGAUAUUAAUAGUGAAGUCCAAGAUAUUAAACAUGUUAAUAGUAAAGUUCAAGAUGUUGAACAUGUUGAUAAUGAAAUUCAAAAUAUUAAAGACAUUGAAAAUAUUAAGAACAUUGAUAAUAAAGCCAAAGAUAUUGAUAGUGGUAAGCAUAGUCUUGUUGGAGAAUAUUUGUUUAUGAAUUGGAAUAUCAAAUGA